AUGGAUGUACUUAAGGUUGCCAAAGCGGCGGAAGCGUUUGGAUACCAACCACCUGUCGCUAAAGCCAAGGAAGCGUUUCGAGAGAAGCUAAAAAACAAAGAGGAAAAUACUUUAAACGACAAAGUGGACAGAUUUUUCAAUGAAACCAGUUUCACUGCCCUGACUCGCGUCUACAACGCAUCCAACUGGUUCAAGAGGAUAUGCUGGCUGGUGGUGCUUCUCGGAAUGAUGUCCUGGCUGACGGUGCAGUGCUACUGGCUGUUCGAGCGCUAUUUCAGCUACCCCGUGGAAGUCAAGAUGGACCUUGUGUCUGCAAGAGAAUUGGCCUUCCCGAGUGUCACCGUGUGCAAUUUGAACCCUCUAAAGCAUUCCAAGAGACACAAAGUACCUUUCAACGAGAUUCAGGCCUUUGUUGAAAUCGAGUACAAUGACAUUCUAUAUUCGCAAUUUCAGACUGAUUAUUUGGGCGACAAAACUAAUUUCGAUUAUGAGUUGGAAAUAACGGAUAACACCAACACAAACAUCUACCCUCCCCCACCUCCUCCUGCUGCUGACCAGACAACAACCUCAAAUUCAGCCAACAAAGACUCCACUACUACCGCCACCCAAUCUCCUCCUACCGCAUCUUCUGCUGACAAAUCGACAGCCUCCUACACAUCAUAUGGAGACUCCACUACUGACAUCCAACCUCCUCGGCCUCCUCCACCUACACCAGGAGAUAAAAUACGGAGAAGACGACAGGCGAGCAUGGACUGGAACUUGGUGUUUCAGAACAACACCUUCAACAAGUGGGACAUGUUGGAGGACUCGAAACUGUCAUCCAAGUUCUACAAGGAGCGGGACGACGACUACAGGGCCGCCAUGGCGUACGCCUCCUUCUCCAAGCGACACCCGGAGAGAACAGUGAUGCGCGGGGGACACAAAAUAUCAGAUUUUAUUGUAUCGUGCAAAAUGGCAGGAUUUAUGUGUUCACCUAAAAACUUUACGAGAUUUCUUAACCACAAGUAUGGAAACUGCUUCACGUUCAAUGGACAGGACAACACCGUUAACGUCACGACGCAGUUUUCUGGACCUGUAUACGGUCUGUCACUUGAGCUGUACAUUGAACAGACUGAGUAUAUCGGUGCCUUAAGUCCCGCUGCCGGGGUGCGCGUUCUGAUCCACCCACGCAACUCCAUGCCCUUCCCCGAGGACCAGGGUAUCUCCAUCCCGCCUGGAUACGAAACGUCUAUUGGAAUCAGAAAGGUAGAUAUAGGUCGUCUGCCCGCCCCUCACGGCAGUUGCGCCAUUGAAGGAAAGGAACCCGACUUGUACGUACUGUACAAAAACACGACGUAUUCCAAGCUCUCGUGUAUGAAGUCCUGCUACCAGCGGCUCAGCAUACUGCACUGUGGCUGCGCUGUGCCAUUCUUCUACGUGGUGGGCGAGACAAACAUAUGUGAUAUGACAAAAACUGAUAAAGAAAAAUGUGUGAAGAAUCUACCCGAAAUACAGGAACAGGCUUUUAUCCAGUGUGAUCUGGACUGUCCACAGCCAUUACGCAUCUCUUUUGAUUUCAGUGAGGUGAAGUAUGAGACAACUCUAUCGUCCGCACAGUGGCCGUCAAAUCAGUACGCAAAUACGAUGACGAUGCGAGUACAACAGAGUAACUAUCUGUUUAUGGGAACCACCAUGGACACGGGAAAACAAUUUGCCAAGUUACAAGUUUAUUACCAAGACUUGAUGUUUGAAAAAAUAGAACAAAAGAAAGCCUACGAAUCGCCCAAUCUGAUCAGUGAUGUUGGAGGUCAGUUGGGCCUGUGGCUAGGUCUGUCGGCCAUCACCAUCGGCGAACUCUUCAGCUUCAUCAUAUCUCUGGCCAAGGCUCUGAUAGUGCGCAAAAAAACAACAACACCCGUGACACCGAUGGAGCAAGUCGAUUUAAAGAGUUUCGGGUCUUAG